AUGAACGAUCAUGGAACACAGACCAAAGUUCCAGACUGAUUCUGACCCAUACCCAAAAGCUAAAUUGGAAAACCCACCUUCUCUCUUUCACUCCCACUCCAACGCUGCUCACUUAACUCGGAACGAAUCGGUAUUUAAUUUUACAGGGUUCAGGAGAAUUGACGGUGACGGACCACAAAUAUAGAGUAACCUAACUACCUCAAAUGGAUUCCGGGGACAAGUGGAUUGAAGAGGAACUGUCCCACCCGAUUGUGCUGUCGGAGCGUGUUCGCUCGGCCGUCGACGAAGCCGAGUCCUUCAAAAAUGAGUGUGCGGAAGUGGGCAAGCAAGUUGAUCGCCUUGCCCAAAUGCUCAGAACCGCGGUUCGAUUCGCUACAGCAACUCCCACCCUCUACGAGCGUCCCAUCCGGCGGGUGGUUGCCGAGGUUUCCAAGAAUCUGGAGCGUGCCCUAACCCUCGUACGCAAAUGCAAGCGUCAGAGUGCUCUUCGCCGCGUAAUGACCAUCACUAGCGUUGCUGAUUUUCGAAAACUGUUCAACCUUCUAGACGCUUCCGUUGGGGAUAUGAAAUGGCUUCUCACUAUAUUCGAAUGCAACGGAGGCGGUAUCGUGCUUUCGCUUCCCCCAAUUGUAAGCAAUGACCCGAUUAUUGCUUGGGUUUGGUCCUCUAUUGCCUCGAUUCAGAUGGGUCAAUUGCACGAUCGUAUUGAAGGGACCAACGAACUCACUUCGCUUGCCGCUGAUAAUGAGAGAAACAAAAACAUUAUUGUUGAGGAAGGGGGAAUUCCUCCUCUGCUCAAGCUUUUGAAGGAAGGACCCUCGCCGGAGGCUCAAAUUGUGGCCAUCAAGGCACUUUAUACGCUUGCAAAUGAUCCGAAUAGAGUGAGAACUAUUAUUCAAGAACAUGGAAUCCCGAUCAUAGUGCAGACUCUUGCAAACUCGCCGAUGGUGGUGCAGACACAAGCGGCGGGUUUGGUGGCGAGAAUGGCGAUGCAUGACCCCCUGGCUCAAGAAGAUUUUGCACGGGAGAACGUGAUACGACCCCUCGUCACUCUGUUGUCGUUCGAGACUUUUAUGGAUGAAGUGGGUAGACAGAGCAUUCAUUCCAUUGUCCAGAUCAACAGGAACCUAGAGAAGAAGACACUAGUGGAUAAAACAGUGGAAUACAACCCGAAUGCGAGUUCGCAGUGGAAGUCAAAUUCUUUGUGUUAUAUGGAAGGGGGCAGCCGGGGAGGAAAUUGCCGGAAAGAGAGGGAAAAUGAGAGACCUGAAAUAAAGCUUAAGCUGAAAAUAAGUUGUGGUGAGGCGCUGUGGAUGCUUGCGAAAGGGAGCGUGUCGAAUAGUAGGAGAAUUUGUGAGACAAAAGGAUUGCUUUGCAUGGCAAAGAUGGUGGAGAAGGAAGAGGGGGAGUUGCAGCUGAAUUGUUUGAUGUGUAUAAUGGAGUUAACAGCUGCGGCAGAGUCCAAUGCGGACCUGAGGCGUGCAGCGUUCAAGACAAAUUCUCCUGCCGCCAAGGCUGUGGUGGAUCAGAUGUUGAGGGUGAUCAAUGAUUUGGACAACCCGACUCUGCAAGUUCCUGCCAUAAGAUCCAUAGGAUCGUUGGCUAGGACAUUUCCCGCGAGAGCAACACGAGUCAUUGGUCCUUUGGUGGUGAAGCUUGAGAGUAGGCAUGUAAAUGUGGCUGCAGAGGCUGCCAUUUCGCUGGGGAAGUUUGUUUGUCCGGAGAAUUUCCUUUGCAUGGAGCAUUCGAGGACAGUAAUAGAGUUGAACGGGGUGCCUCUCGUACUGAAGAUACUUGGGGAGAACGAGAAGACACGGAUGUAUGGACUGAUUCUGUUGUGUUAUCUUGCACUUCAUGCGGGCAGCAGCGAGGUUGUGGAUCAGGCCCGGGUUUUGACAGUGCUGGAGGGGGCGGAUCGCACCAUGAUUGCAAUGCACCCAGAAUUGAAAGACUUGGUGGGGAAGGCAAUUAGUCACCUCAAUCUGUAUCACGCAGGAAUGGGAGUCCAUUCUAAGGGGCACUUGGGGUUGCCCUAAAACUUCUCCUUUCCUAAAUCCAACCGUUUGGUUUACUUUGAUGAUGGCGGCAUGGUAUUAUGUGUAUAUCCUCUAAACAAAAUGAUCCACAGAGUUGUGUAGAAAAUAAAGCUUAUACCUUGUUAGCUUCCAAUGUUGUUGACAGGAAUAGAAUGGUUAAAAAGAUUACAGAGUGGAAUGCAGUUUUUCCUCUGUCUUC